AUGGCCGUUUCACUGGACAUGCGCGCUGCAAAUGGCAGUCCGCAAGAACCGGAGGAGGUCAUCAUGCGGCUUUCAGAUUGGCUUUCCUGUGAGGUGAUUGGGAGCUUUCUCCGGCAGUUCCCUGCGAAACAUCGUGUGGAGGCAGCCCGCUGUGCGUGCCGCAUCGGUGUCCACUGCCUUUGGGGGUGGACCACGAGCCAGAAGCAGUGGAGCCUCGAGGAUCUGUUGGAGGUGACAGCUUCCAUCCAUCCCUCCUUUGCUUCCAAUGGCCGUGCCGUCUCGCCCCGUCCUGGAGAGGGGGCACAUCGGCGACCUGCCACUGCAGACCAAGUUCAGACGCAGCCGUGGGCCGCGCCGCGUGCCCCGGAGUCGAUGCGCUCUGCCCAGGCUGAUGGAGCAAGCUCUUUCUAUUCGCCUGAUGCCGCCGUGACCAUGCCAGCGUGGGCCACCGGAGCUCCGACCCAGCCUUCGCCGCAGCCAGGCGCCAUGAGGCCUAUCCAGACGGCCAGUGCUUCGACGGCCGGCCUCAGUGCCUCGCGUGUCCCUGUGCGAACCUCUGGGAGCUCCUCAAGCACCAUCCUCCGCCGCCGCGGUACAAGCCAGGAUUCAGCCUGCCCGUCAUCGCCCACCAGCGCACAGGACCUCCAUAGCAUCCAACCUGCGGGAUCCACCUCCUCGCUGCCGGAUGCGCGGCGGCAGCAGACCGCUGUUCCGGUGGCUUCACGCCCGGUCGUUGCCUUCACCACGGCUCCCCGAAGACCGGUGCCGGCACCCACCGCGCCAGCAGCACGGUCCCGGGUGCAGCGCGUGGGCAUCCAGGCGUCUCCGGGACGCCAAGGCCGCGUGACUGCUGCCAACAUGCCAAGGAGAGUGGCGAAUUCUGGUCACUCGGGCUCGGUCUCCCGGGAAAGGAAUGCCUCGCCCAGUGGCUCCCCGACUCCACGCACGAUUUCGCCGGCGCCCACUGGGCCCCCAGGAGGAGCGCGCAUUUCGGCCCUGGGGCCCCCAGGUGUUUUGCGGGCCGGAGGCCCGCCGAGGGUGUCGGCGCUGAAGCGGCACACCCUGGGUGGAGGUCCUUUCACCAUCAGCCAGCCACGGCGAUGCUGA